GCCAAGCGAAUUAACGACCUCGCCCGCAAGUACGGCAAGUACGGCUUCGAGGUUGGUAGCAUUCAGAGCCGUGUCGUGCGCGGCAAUGAGGUCCUCUACGAGGUUCAGUGGAAGGGCUGCGACGACCCCAAGCAGAACACCUUCGAGAAUCUCACCAAGCUGAAAAAGCUCGGCGUUGUUGGUCUGGCCAAGGCUUACGACGAGCGCCUGGCUUCGCAAUCUGCCGGCAUUGAUCAGCGGCCGCUGACGCAGAAGGAGAUUGUGAAGCACCUUGAGCAGUUCGGUUUAGACGAGGACAUGAUCCUCCACAGACAAAUUGGAA